CGCCAAACCCUAAUCGCAUUCACCUGGUUCGACAUUCGACAGAGAAAAACCUUGAACCUUCCUUCUCCAAAUCUCCACGACUCCACCGACCACCGACCACCGCCAGUCCGCCACAGCCCACAAACGGCCGACCAAGUUUCAGUGUUACAGUGUAGCCUUCGACUGUUCUUCCUCUUCUUCGCUCACAGACAUUCGGCAUUCGAUAGUGUUCUUCGGCUUCGCUUCUUGCCUUCUUCCUCUUCUUCGCUUCCUCUUCCUCUUCCAGUCGACAUUCGAUUCAGGAAAUGUCAAGUAAUUCAAGUUCAUCUUGUUCGAAAAAGUCAAAAGCAAAGGGAAGACAACCCGAUCUUCGUGAAUUAUUGUUUAAAAGAAUGAAAUCCCAACAAACAUCUAACGAAGGCAAUGAAUCUUCUCCCUUAAGUUCUCCUCUAAGUCCUCCUUUAAAUUCCCCUCCAAGUGAAGAUGUUAAUAUGGAAGUAGGUGGUUCAAGUAGUUGUGAUGAACCAUUGGAUGAUGAAUGGGUGUAUGAUGUUGAACUUCUUCCUCAUGACCCGGGAUUGAGGAAAAACAUAAUGGAUUAUCCCCCUAAUGAAAUAAAUCCGGUUAGGAGAGCAUAUAUUCUUAAAAAACCUUGCCAACCAAAAACACAUGAUUUCCCUCAAAGUAAUAUCUCCGGUAGGUUACGCCGUUUUAGUUUGAAUUGGUUCAAAAAAUGGGAUUGGCUUGAAUAUAGUGUUGAAAUGGAUGCCGCAUUUUGUUUUGUUUGUUAUUUGUUCAAGAGGGAUAUUGAAAUUAACAAGGGGGGUGAUGCAUUUGUUGUUGGAGGGUUUAGAGCGUGGAAUAAACCUGAGAGGAUUGAGAAGCAUGUUGGAGGAGUUAAAAGUGCUCAUAAUAUUGCUUAUGAGAAAUAUGUGAAUCUAAGAGAUGCAAAGAAGACAUCAAUUGAAUUUGUAUUUGAUAAUGCGAGUGAGGUUCAAAUGAAUGAAUAUCAUAUUCGUUUGAAUGCAUCCUUAACUUGUUUGAGAUUUCUUUUGGGCCAAGGUUUGGCAUUCCGGGGACAUGAUGAAAGUGAGGAGUCAUAUAGUAGAGGUAACUUUAUUGAGCUUUUGAAGUGGUUGGGUGGGAAGGUUGAGAAAAUAAGAAAAUAUACUUUCCAAAAUGCACCCAAAAAUUGUCAAUUAACAUCUCCCAAAAUUCAAAAAGACAUUAUUACUUGUUGUGCAAAAGAGACUACUAAGCGCAUAAUAGAAGAGAUUGGUGAUGGUUACUUUUCUAUUUUGGCCGAUGAAUCAAGUGAUGUGUCUCAAAAAGAACAACUAGCUCUUGUUUUGCGGUUUGUUAAUAGAGAAAAUGGAUCGGUAGUGGAACGCUUUUUAGGCAUUCUACAUGUGGGUGAUACUACCGCUUUGUCUCUUAAAAAUGCCAUUAUGUCGUUGCUUAUGGAACAUUCAUUGAGUCCUUCCAUGAUAAGAGGUCAAGGGUAUGAUGGGGCAAGUAACAUGAGGGGUGAAAUCAAUGGCCUCAAGACUUUGAUUAUGAAUGAUACUCCAAGAGCCUAUUACAUUCAUUGUUUUGCUCAUCAACUUCAACUAACUCUAAUUGCGGUUGCUAAAAAGAAUGUUAAUUGUACUUGGCUUUUUGACGUACUUGCAAACUUGUUAAAUGUGGUGGGAGCUUCUUGUAAGAGAAGAGACCUUAUUCGAAAACACCAAGCUCAAGUAGUGGCUCAAGCUUUGGAAGUGGGGGAAAUUGAAAGUGGAUCGGGUUUGAAUCAAGAACGUGGUUUGAGUAGGCCGGGAGAUACACGUUGGGGAUCUCAUUACAAGUGUCUAAUAAGUAUCAUCAACUUGUUUCCUUCAAUUGUUAAAGUGCUUGAGGAGAUUGGAGAAAAUGGCUCUCCGGAUGAUAAGCUCAAAGCUUAA